CCACAAGUGGAAGUGGUGUGGGGCUGCGUGUUUGGCAGUAUCAAUCUGGGACAGGCAGGCCCUUAUCUCAGCGGGGCCCCGCGCGAAAUAGGGGAAGGUUAAAGGGUCGUUUGGAGAGAUGGAGGGAACAGGGCCCCAGAGCGUAGGGGUCUCCUGCCUUGGGAGCAAAGGACACCCCCUUCGGAUCAUUUCCCUGGUCGAGCUGGGGACAGUCUCCUCUAUGGGGAAAAUCUGAGUGCUGCUGGUGAGAGGAGAGCUUUUCCUUUUGUGGCAGAGAGCGAAGUGCUUAUUGGGAUGGCCUUUCCUAUUUUGAGUCAGGUCUGCAGAGCUUCAGGGGCUUCUGACCUCAAGCUGGUUGUUAAGAAGAGGAAAUUUACUCUUUUUGAGAAGUGUGUCCUUUGCUUUUACUUUUCACGUACAGCAAAGGGAAGGUGGUGGUGUUGGGGAGUACAAACAAAGGACUUGUCAACAGUUGCCCAAACUGCGAUAACUGUAAAUAACUUGAAAGAGAGGGAGCCUCAGAGUUAAAGCCUCCCUGAAAGCAUCAAGCGGGGAAGAGAGCAGGGGUGUAAGCGCACCCGCAGUGGUAAACCCCAGUCUUGCAAGUUCUGCUCUUGGAACUGGAGCCACAUGGGCAAGUCUUUGUGUUCGUACAAGGCCCUGUUGAGCUUUCGGCAAACACUCGGUCCCAUGUAUAAAGAUGUCCUUGGUGGACUUAGGGAAGAGGUUGCUAGAAGCAGCUCGCAAAGGCCAAGAUGACGAAGUGCGAACGCUGAUGGCAAACGGUGCUCCUUUCACCACUGACUGGCUUGGGACGUCGCCUCUUCACCUUGCUGCCCAGUAUGGCCACUAUUCCACAGCGGAAGUGCUGCUUCGAGCCGGUGUUAGCAGAGAUGCCCGAACUAAAGUGGACAGGACUCCACUACACAUGGCUGCCGCAGAUGGACACACUCACAUUGUAGAACUGCUGAUUAGGAACGGGGCUGAUGUAAAUGCCAAGGACAUGCUGAAAAUGACUGCUUUACACUGGGCAACAGAGCACAACCACCGAGAUGUCGUAGAGUUGCUGAUCAAAUAUGGAGCUGAUGUCCAUGCUUUCAGCAAGUUUGAUAAGUCGGCUUUUGAUAUUGCUUUGGACAAGAACAAUCCGGAGACUCUGGUAAUGUUACAGGAAGCAAUGCAGAAUCAGGUGAAUACACAUCCAGAGAGAACGAAUCCUGUCGCAAACACUGUCACCGUCACAUCACCAUUUAUUCUUGCAUCAGGGGACGUUCUCAAUCUCACUAGUCUUGUUUCUUCAGCGAACACCAAAGCAACCUCAGCAGGUGAUUCAGAUGUAUCCACGGUGCAGUUUUCCAAUUCAACGACCUCUGUGCUUGCCACGCUUGCGGCCCUCGCUGAAGCAUCGGCACCUCUUUCCAACUCAAACAGAGCUACAGGUAACGCGGAGGAAAUAGUGGAAGCGAAUUCUGUCGAUUCUGCCAUACAACAAGUGGUUGGCAGCGGAGGGCAGCAAGUUAUCACAAUAGUAACAGAUGGAGUUCCCCUGGGCAGCCUGCAAGCAGCUGUACCCACCAGCGGCCUCAGCCAGCCGUUCAUCGUAACCAUGCAAGAUGGGCAGCAAGUUUUAACUGUACCUGCUGGUCAGGUUGCAGAAGAGACUAUUAUUGAAGACGGUGAUGAUGCAGAAGAAGAAGAAGAGCCACCAGCCAAGAAGCAAAAAGCAGAACAAAAUAUAAAUGACUUUGAGGAAGACAAGGACAGCGAUGAAAGGGAGGUGCUACAGCAGCAGUUGCAAGAGGCAAACCGGAAGGCUCAGGAAUAUCGAAGCCAGCUCAUGAAGAAAGAGCAAGAGGCAGAGCAGUACCGGCUUAAGCUGGCAGCCAUGGUGAGGCAGCAGCCCAACGGGGCUGAGGUGGCGGUACUCGAAGAGGUCACUGAGGUGGACACAGUUGUAGUCACCACAGAAGACAUAGAGGGAUCCACAAUGGCUCUGGUGGAGAUGGAUCAGCCGACUGAUAUCGCUGUGGAAACUGUAACCUCCUAAUCCUGGGUUAUUGACUUUGUUUUGUAAAGAAAAAUAACAAUUUUUUUUAUAUAUAAAAGGUGCUGUCAGCAAGCAGCACUGGGAGCAGAGGACUGUUGUCAGAUCCACUGUGCGACUGGAAAAUCACGUAAUGGGACCGCCUGUGUGGUCCCAUCAACAGGGAUAGGAGCUUCUCCAGCAGCUCACGACAUAACUCUGCUUUCAGCACAGCGCCAAAAGGUGCUUUUAAAGCUUGACCUUGAAUGAUUGGAAGCUUUUACAAAUUUUAGCCAGCAAGUGACCUGAAGGCUUAUAUUGAGAUGUUAAUACCUGCAUUGUUGGGAGUGGAAAAGAAGUACCUCAAUGCCAAAGUAGCCGGUAUUAGCUCUCAGCUGCCCUGAAAUCACAGCACUGAAAACAGGCUUUAUGCAGUGACCCGAGAUGUUUGCUCCCUUCUGUGAAGUCGAGUGACCAGAUCUGGACCUUUGGAAAAGCAGACUCUUGGGGUGUUUAUUUUGCUUUAAAAUCUGAAGAGGUGGUAGUGGGGUUUUACCACCUAAACCAAGCUGGAAAAUGAAUGGGACUUGAACAAUUAUAUGCCUUCCCCCCUUAAAAAGAAAUGAAUCUAGUUCACAUUGAGGCAACCUUCAAUGCAAGAGUAAAGCCCAGGCUGAGUGUGCAUGAACUUGAGCAUUUCGAGAUAUCAGGGAAUAUUACAUUUUGUCCUCUUUGGACUGUUUUAGGAGCAGUUUUGGGCAGCUCUACAGCGGACUUCUUAACUACCUAAAGGGAUCACAAAAAAUUCCUCAUCAGUUUUAUGAAACUUGGUCAAACAUUCUGUUUGACUCUUUUGUGCCGAACAGUAGCGCUAACUGAUUAUAUAUGCAAAACUAAACAUACGGUGGUUGUUGUAAGACAGCUUGGGAGUUCAGUUGUCUCUGGAGGUAGAUAUGUCACUUUUUUUACUAAAUCGUUUUUAAAUAUACUGAAGCCUUUUUUAACAAGCAGCUGAUUUUGUUACUAAAAUGUAUUGUUUUUCCCCACUCUUUACAGGCUUGUUUAGUAAAGAGGAUACCUAAAUGGUUUCCUCUUAGCAGGCUUGUGGAUUAUGCGUUUCAGGACAGCAGGGAAACUGAUUGGAAGUGCUCUGAGUAAUCGUGUGGAGCUUGAUAAUGAAAGAUUAUUCUGUCUCAGCAACCAUGAGGGAAACAAGGGAAGUUGAGAAAAAUACCAUAAUGCAAGCUGUUCAGUUGGUUGCAAAAAGGUUACAAAGGCUAGAAAUGACUUCUAGCUGCAAAGGCCCUAGCAGCUGGCCUGCUUUCUGCAGGCAUUUUGAAAUGUUUCCUUGCAAAGAUAAAAAUUCAUUGCUGCUCUGGCCCAUAGUUUAUUGUUUUCUUGUCCUAGUUUUGUAACUGUUGGCAGUAUUCAUGGUAAUCAUUUAAUUUCAUGGCCCUCGCAUUGCUUUUUUCCCUGUUAUUUCCAAGUGUGUCCAGAUAAUAGGGUUUUAUGUUGGUUCAGAUACUGCCUUUAUGUUUCUUUGCUGAUAGAUAAGCUCAUAUCGUGACAUUUGAGAUGUAACGGAGACUUAUGAGUUCAUUAAGCCAUGAACUUAGAAUUGCAGGUCUGAAUGCGUUUGUCGCCCCAAGAAGAAACUGCUUUUUGCCAUAAAACCAGCCUUCAAGCCUGUGGGUUAGUCACUGCUGCAGAGCAGUUGGUUUCUGGUUGGCAGCGGGGGCUUUGCAGGUCAGCUCGCAGCGAAGUGUUGUGGCCUCGUUUGUGCUGAUACCCGUGUAAUCGAAGAAACAGUUGUGCGACUUUGCCACGGUUUAACAGCUAGCGUUCGCCCCUCUCCCACGCCGAAGCUCUUGCAUCUAGGCUCUUGGUAAGAGUCUCAUUCUCGGAGUGCUCAUAUCCAGCACCCUUUGAUUUAUUGGACCAUGUGCUUUGGUCUGAGAGAAAGGUUGGAUCUGCCAAAAUUGCAUAUUUGGCAACAUUGAACAGUGUUUAACUGGUUGGGUUCACCAACAAGCUUUAGGAAAGAAAGAUUUAUGAAACUAUUAUUGUAAAGGCUUCAUGAGACUUGCUGGUUUUGAGAAUCUAAGUGCAUUUAUUUAUAACCAGUGUAGCUAUAUUUAUAAAUAAGACUUUAUCUUUUUCCAAAAGAUGUUUUGAAGAAGGCUUUAAUAAUUAUUUUGAAUGGAUGAAUGUUUGGGAGAAACUCAGUUCCUGACUAUUGAUUUCUUCAAUUCUAUGCAGUCAGUAUUCCUCUCUGGCUUCAAGCAUGUGUUAACUUAUUUUCUGUUGCCCAGCACAUCAAAAAUUCAGGUUUGUUCGAUGAACCGCAAAUCCAUAUUGGAAGGUCUGAGACGGUAUCAGAGUAAAUCUAGACAGAUUCUUCUAGUUAUGUUGUACCCAGAAAUGUUUACAGAUGUAAAGGGACACUGCCAGCUUUGAAUUCUACAUUUUGCCUGUAGUUAGUGGUUAUUAUUUGUAAAUUUGAAGAGCUCUACAGCUGAGGCAGCUGUAGUAUAAAUACUGUGUUGUGCCUUUGACAGCACUUUGAUUCUCAUUUCUUUCCAUGCUUCCCCUGCCCAGGGUCAGUUGUGCAAAAAGUCCCUUCAGCUGGGAAACAAACUUCCCCUUCAGAGGAGAAGAAAAAAGUCCACGGCAUUCACGGUAAUUGGAUUUCUUGUACAGAACUGGAACAAAUAAAGCUGACAGUGUUCUUAGGGCUUCGCCUUGUGCGGGGAAAUCACACAUUAAUUUUAUUUUUAGAAGUACUUGCAUACGGGGUCUGAACAAAGACUGAGAAGUAUUUGGUCUAUGCCCAGCAUUUAGAAAGAAUUUAAACUCGCCUGUAUCCUCUGCUAUGCCACAGAAAGGCUUGGAGGUUUUUAAGCAAAGAACAGCAGUUUUCUUGUCAGCGCAGCGUCAGAUGUGGCAGUGUAGGUCUGUUGUUGCUGGCGGGAGUAAGCGGCGGGUUUGUAGCAUGUAAAUGACCUUUCCUUGCGCACCCUCCCACUGAAGCGAGGGCUGGACUUUGCCAUGUCGGCGCUUUUGUUAUCCACCCCAUCUCAGUCCUGGCACUUUUUUUAACUGCUCAUUACUCUACGAGCACAGGAUUUUAAAAGGUCAAAGGCUAAAUAAACGCUUUGCUCCUAACGCUGCGUCGAUGCGGAGCACUCGCGAUCCUGUCCUCCCACGCAUCCAGCCCGGCUUCCCAUCCUGGCGCGGGCUCAUCUGCAAGCUUAGGCUUGCAUCCGUCGUCAUGUGCCUGCUUGGGAGGGUAGGAGAGACCCCACCGAUUUCCCAGGGACGCUUGUGCAGAAGUCCUUGUUUUAAUUCAAUUCUUUCCCCUUUUCAGUCUUCUGAAGACGUUAAUAUUUCUGUCCUGCAAGAUUCCCCAAGGGCAGCAAACAUCCAGCCAUCUGGCUCCAGCCGGUUUGGCCUGAAGGGCCCCUUGCGCAGAUAAAGCUUUUACUGGGCUGAGAUUUGGGGUUUUUUUGAGUCCUGACUAGAAUUUACUUCCUAUCUGCCUGUGCCAAGAGUUCGACCGACGUAUCGUUAAUGUGAGUUGUUUCUCCUCAGUGAUGGAGAUGAUUUGGUGCUAAAUGAACCAGCAGUUUAGGUUUGAUUAGACGCAUAUUUCCCUGUUUUCGCAGUAGCUGAAUAUAAAUGCUUCCCAUUAUCCUAAAUAGGAAGCAGGGCAUUGUAAAUCCUGUCCAGGGACGAGAAAAAGAAUCUUCCGCUGGUCACAUAAAAGUGAGCUAAAUCUUUUCCAGCAUACCAUUUAGGGAUUCAUUUGGGCUGAAAUAAUAAACCGUGCGAGUUAAGCUGAGUGCCUUACUGGGAAGCUCCCCGCUGGGCUGGAGCGGAGCAGUUCUCCUGGAGAUUCAGGCUGGGGGUUUCCUCGUCCCCCCGUCGAAUUCCCCUCUGGUCCCGGCAGGAUUGCCCGCGCCGCGGUUCUCGGUGCUUGCCGGCCUCCGCCGGAUCGGAGCAUUUCUCUAAUCUCGCCUCUGUCAGCCUGGUUUUUCGCCCGGUGCCAGCCACGGCGCUUGGGUGUGUAUUUAUUGCAGAGCCGCGUUCACUUAACGCGGCGAGUCCGUUCCGCGUGCAGUUCGCGCCGUGGUUCAGAACUGAAGUGCCCCGAAUUGCAAAGAGUUGGCGAUAGCUUUAUGUACAGGAGCCUCCUCGGACGGCGCGAGUAUUCCUUUUAUAUUUAGGAUAAUGUUUGCAAAUGUGGAGAUUUCAACGUGUAUAUACACUUUUUGUACUAUGUUUCUUAAUAAAAUACCACAUCCUCUGGGA